AGCAGCAGAGGGGGAACAGGAGCUGUCCACGAGGGAACGCUUGCUCGCUUUGUACACAAUGGCUGGAGCAAAAAAAGCCACUGGUGUCCGUGGAGUCUCCUGGCGUGAGAGGGAGACACUGGAUCUGCUGUCCUUCUGGGGUGAGGAGAAAGUGCAGGAGGCCUUGGUUGUUUCUCAUCGAAACAUAGAGGUCUUCGAGAUGAUCGCGCAGCAGAUGAUGGCGAGGGGACACAAACGCUCUGCGGUGGAGUGCCGCACUAAAACCAAAGCCCUGCGGCAAGAAUACAAGCGAGUUGUGGCACAUAAUAGCCGGCCCGGAAAUUCGCCGGCCACCUGCCCUUUCUACAACGAGCUCCACCACAUUUUCAGAUCGGACGUCAGCAUGAGGUCAAAUCACUUGGCUGGAAGCUUUCAUUUGCCAGAGGCGGAAGAGGAGCAAAGGCUGAGCGAAUCAGAGAAGCCGAGGCCGGAUGGAUUAGAGGACUUUUUCAGCGACAACGUAUUGGCCAUCAAACAUGAAGAUGUUUGGUAUUCCACGCCCGAAGAUGAAUGCAAUGUGGAUGAGACCCGGGUCACAGAUCACAUGCAGCAAGGGGAUGUGGCCGCUUCUGGGGAUCAGGCUGCUUUGCCUGAAGGACACACCGUGCGACCCUCCACUCCUGUUCCUGAAGUGCAAGGUGAACCCUCAGAUGCGCACCCGGAAAGGCCUGCGGCAGAGUUGUCGCCUGCGACGUUGUUGGCCGGCGCCAGAAACCGUAAGCGGCGCGUCUCCUUGCUGAACGAUGUCGCUCAGCAGAUGCUGCGCCAGUGCACAGCGGAAGAAAUCAGCACAAACCGGCGCCACGAGGAGAUGAUGGUGGAAGACAGACGCCGCCACAACCAGAUGGUGGAGGAAGCGAGGCUAGACCGCAAGGCCUUCCAGGACGCCAUGCAGAUGAACGUGGAUGUCAUCCAUGCCGCCGUUAGUGCCCUCAAAACGAUCGGCGAAGCGUUCCUGGCACAGCGGCAAAAAAUUCUAGCACAAGACAGAGGCCAAAGCGGUGAUCCGCUGAACUCACACACCAGUCAAGGAACACAGACCGCCCCCCCUGACAACAGAACUGGAACACAGGACAGCGUGUCCGAGGCUGCUCCCAAUAAGCGUGCGUGUGCUGGCCUCCCCACGGACCUAUAGUUUGCAUGUCCACUGCUUGUGCACAUACUCGGAAAUGGUUUUGUGACACUUUCUGGUCAAUAAACGCUACUCUCUCCUUUUACAGCA